UGAGAUAUAUGGACGACAUGAGCCGAGUCCAAAACGAAUUUUAAAGGAUCUCGACCGGAAGUGUAAACUUAAUAGUUGUAAUACUUGUAUACGGGAAGAAACUCUAUUGCGUCAACGUCAACUUUGCCUUCAAAGACAAAAUGAGAUAAGUAACAGCAGUCAAGAAAUUGACAUCUCGCGGGGCUCGCUUCUCUUCUAUGCAACUCAAAAAUUUACUUUAAGGACAAGUGGGUCAAAUAAAAUCAAUGACAACACCGAUUUCGUAACAAACAAUUUUUCUGAAAAAGGUUUCGAUUUGGUUCCAGAACAAUAUCAUACGGCAUCUUCACCACAGCAAACACAAUAUUUGGUCACAAACUGCGAGUAUUAUGAAACUGAUGAUAUCAACAGUAAAUCAACUGAUAUAUGGCUAGAUGCAACAGAUAAAAAUUGUUAUGGUGAUUGGCCAUUAAGCCAUAAAAAAAAAUCGAUCGAUAAUAGCAAGAAAGAACAGUUAUAUGGAUGUUCAAAUGCAAACUCAACGAUAUAUGUAACCCAAGUACCAUCAACAUUACCAAUUCCUAAGAGUUACAAAAUAACAAGCACUGGUACUAGCUUUGAUUUAUUAACAAAUAAGUUAAGCGGCGAACAAACUAAAAAAAAAAAUGGUGGUACUUUUAUAAAAAAAUUAAAUUCAAGUAGUAAUGAAGAUUUCGGUAGACAGUUUUUGACAAUAGAGGAAGGAAAUCAAAUCCAAUCAAUCCAACAAAUAAUAAGCUGUUCAAAACCCAUACCAAAUGAAUGCUACAAGAAAAGUAACGACAGCAUUAAAUCCAAUGUCAAUGCAAAAGAACACGAAUGCAUUAAACGCCCAAGCAAUAAUGUAGAUAACUCAUGUAACACAAUUAAUGCAAACGUAAAUAGCAGUGGGAGUAGCAGUAGUAGUGCCGACAAACGUAAUUAUAGUAAAAGUAGGAGUGGAAGUGGAAGUAGGAGUAGCAGUAGUAGUAAUAGUUGUAAUUGUGAUAUAACGGGUGAUAACAGUACAUUGCAUGGUUUUGGUGUUGGUGUAUUAAGCAGUUUUUUGGGUGAUUGUGAUUCUGCAAGCAACACUGCGCAAGCUCAACCGCCGUCAAUAUAUCAUUCUCAAUUUGUGGAACAGUGUCAACAUAAUAAAACUGUUGAGCUUAGCUGGGACGUACCUCAUCAGACAUUUUUAAACCAAACAAGUAAUCCUAAUUGUAAAUCUACAGUUUUUAUUGAGAUAGAAACACAAGCACCAUUAACAGAACUUAAAACGAUUUUAAGACACGGCUCAGGCGAUUUCACCGACUGCGAUAGUUGCAGCGAACUGCAAUUAUUGAAUUUAAAUGAUAAUAAAGCUGAUUUAGAUAUUGAUUGUAAGAGUUUGGAAGAUAACACUAACGAUAUAAAUUCGAAAAAUUUGAAUGUUGGCAACGUCAUCGAGCGUGGAGGGAUCAAAAGCUUAAAAACUCGGUUAGACUAUUGUAAUGUAAAUAAAGAAUUCCAGCCUUUGAGCCAAUACAAAUCAUUCGAUUAUUCAUUAAUAAAAUAUUACGAACAGAAAAGAAAAGAAAACGAAGACAACGCUAAACAUCAUUUUGAUAUAUCGGAGACUUUUAUGUCCGACCAACGUUCUAAAGAUAUUUUUGGCAACAUGGAUCUUGAAAGCAAUCGAGAGCAACCAGGUGGAACUGAUGGCGGAGCAAUUAAGCGUACAAACAAUAAUAGUUUAGCAAGUAAAGAAAAUUUUGAUAAAGGACAGGUAGCUGCUUAUCCAACAUUUGCAAAUGGACCUUUGGGAACUGAUGUUAAUCUUGGGACAUCAAACAUUCCCGACACUAUAAAUGGCACAACAAUUGCUGGUGGAAUAAACCAGCAAAAGACAGUAACUAAUACUACUACGCAAAAGCGGCCGCAAAGACGAGGGGGGAAGCCGCAACCUGAUCGACCUCAACGUGUUUUAUUUUGUUUGGGGAUAAAAAACCCACUUCGGGCAUUAUGCAUCAGUAUAGUCGAGUGGAAACCAUUCGAGUAUUUGAUAUUGUUAACUAUUUUUGCUAAUUGUGUUGCCUUAGCGGUUUACACCCCUUAUCCAUAUAGCGAUUCCAAUGUAACUAAUCAGGCUUUGGAAAAGAUAGAAUAUAUAUUUUUAGUAAUAUUUACAGCAGAAUGUGUUAUGAAAAUAAUUGCGUAUGGAUUUCUACUACACAGCGGCUCGUAUUUGAGAAAUGGGUGGAAUAUUUUAGAUUUUUUUAUUGUGGUUAUAGGCAUGAUAAGUACUGUUCUUUCAAAUCUUAUGAAGGAAGGUUUCGAUGUAAAAGCACUUCGAGCUUUCCGAGUGCUACGACCUCUUCGACUUGUUUCUGGAGUUCCAAGUUUACAGGUUGUACUGAAUUCGAUCCUUCGAGCUAUGAUACCACUUUUACAUAUUGCUUUACUAGUUUUAUUUGUCAUUAUCAUAUACGCAAUUAUUGGAUUAGAGCUGUUUUCUGGAAAAUUACAUAAAACUUGCCUUCGCCCAGAUACUGGUGAACAUAUGAAAGAUGAACACCCAUGUGGUACUGGAUUUCAAUGUCAAGAAGGUUAUGUAUGCCAUGAAAAAUGGGACGGCCCUAAUUAUGGUAUAACUAAUUUCGAUAACUUUGGUUUGGCUAUGUUGACCGUGUUUCAGUGUGUUACUUUAGAAGGUUGGACAGAUGUGCUGUAUAACAUUCAAGAUGCCAUGGGAAGUACGUGGCAAUGGAUUUACUUCGUUUCAAUGGUUAUAUUAGGGGCCUUUUUCGUAAUGAAUUUAAUUCUCGGUGUGUUGUCUGGUGAAUUUUCAAAAGAGCGCACAAAAGCUAAAAACCGUGGAGACUUUCAAAAACUUAGGGAAAAACAACAAAUAGAAGAAGAUGUGCGCGGCUAUCUGGAUUGGAUUACCCAAGCGGAAGAUAUUGAACCUGAUGUCGAUGGUAAUUUAUUGCAAGAUGGAAAAACAAAACCGACCAAUGAGGCCAAUUCAAUGGAUCAAAUGGAAGAGGAGGGUCAAGAAAUUCAAAUAUCUGAAUCCUGGUGGCGUAAGAAAAAGAAAGAUUUAGAUCGUCUGAACCGCAGAAUGCGACGGUCUUGUAGGAAAGCUGUAAAAUCGCAAGCUUUUUAUUGGCUAAUAAUAAUGUUAGUGUUUCUGAAUACCGGCGUACUUGCUACCGAACAUUAUGGGCAACCAAUUUGGCUCGAUAACUUUCAAGAGUAUACAAAUAUAUUCUUCAUUGGAUUAUUUACCUGUGAAAUGAUGCUUAAAAUGUAUAGUUUGGGAUUUCAAGGAUAUUUUGUGUCGCUGUUUAAUCGUUUCGAUUGUUUUGUUGUGAUUGGUAGUAUAACGGAAACAAUACUAACAAACACGGGGAUAAUGCCGCCAUUGGGAGUAUCAGUACUACGUUGCGUUCGACUCUUACGAGUUUUUAAAGUCACAAAGUAUUGGCGAUCUCUUUCCAAUCUUGUGGCAUCUUUGUUGAAUUCAAUACAGUCAAUCGCUUCCCUCUUGUUAUUGCUAUUUCUUUUUAUAGUAAUAUUUGCUCUUUUGGGUAUGCAAGUUUUUGGAGGGAAGUUUAAUUUCAAACCAUCAGAAGAAAAACCUCGUUGGAAUUUCGAUUGCUUUUGGCAAAGUUUAUUAACUGUUUUUCAGAUUCUUACUGGUGAAGAUUGGAAUGUGGUUAUGUAUGACGGAAUACUUGCCUAUGGAGGAAUAAAAACAUUUGGUGCAUUGGCUUGCAUCUAUUUUAUAAUUUUAUUCAUAUGCGGCAAUUAUAUAUUGUUGAACGUUUUCUUGGCUAUUGCUGUUGAUAAUCUUGCUGAUGCAGAUUCCUUAACAACAAUCGAAAAGGAAGAAGAAAUUGAUGAUGGUAAAAAUAAUAAAUCACACAGCCCCACUCCAACUAUUGACGGUGCAGAAGAGGAAAAUAUGAAUAUUGAAAUGGAUUUGGACGGACAUUGUAUUGAAAUAGAAAAAUUGGAUGAGGGUACUACUUCUGAAGGUGAAGAGGACGAAAUAUGCGAUGAGGAACUAGAAGAAGACGAUGAAGAUGUGAAUACAGCCAGACCAAGACGCAUGUCUGAAGUCAAUACAGCUACAAAAAUUCAGCCCAUUCCAGAGGGUUCGUCUUUCUUCAUAAUGUCUCAAACAAACAGGUUUCGUGUAUUUUGUCACUGGCUUUGUAAUCACAGCAACUUUGGAAAUGUUAUAUUGUGCUGCAUUAUGUUCUCAUCGGCAAUGUUGGCAGCAGAGGACCCACUACGGCCAAACGCCGACCGCAACAAAGUACUAAACAAAUUUGAUGUUUUUUUCACGGGUGUCUUCACAAUAGAACUGUUACUGAAAUUGAUUUCAUAUGGCUUCGUGUUGCACGACGGAGCCUUUUGUAGAUCUGCAUUUAAUCUUCUUGAUUUACUUGUAGUCUGCGUCUCCUUAAUAUCAAUGCAGUCCAGUUCGAAUGCGAUUUCAUUCGUGAAAAUAUUAAGAGUACUUCGCGUUUUAAGGCCUCUGCGUGCCAUUAAUCGUGCCAAAGGACUCAAGUAUGUUGUAAAAUGUGUUGUUGUCGCGAUAAAAACAAUUGGUAACAUUAUGCUAGUUACCUAUUUGCUACAAUUUAUGUUUGCUGUCAUUGGAGUGCAACUUUUUAAGGGGAAAUUCAGUUUAUGUUCGGAUGGCUCAAAAAUGAAGAGAGAGGACUGUCAUGGCACCUACUUGUUUUAUGAAGAUGGAGAUGUACAUAAGCCGCGGUUAAUGGAGCGCGCAUGGGAUAAAAACAAAUUUCACUUCGAUGAUGUUGCCAAAGCGAUGCUCACCUUGUUCACUGUUUCAACUUUUGAAGGAUGGCCAGCGCUUUUAUAUGUAUCUAUUGAUUCUAAUGAAGUAGACGGUGGACCGAUACAUAAUUUCCGUCCUAUUGUUGCUGCUUAUUACAUAAUUUACAUAAUUGUGAUAGCCUUUUUUAUGGUUAACAUCUUUGUCGGUUUCGUUAUCGUAACUUUUCAAAACGAAGGCGAACAAGAAUAUAAAAACUGUGAUUUGGAUAAAAAUCAAAGAAAUUGCAUAGAAUUUGCGCUUAAAGCAAAGCCAGUAAGGCGUUAUAUACCAAAACAUGGCAUACAAUAUAAAGUAUGGUGGUUUGUUACGUCAUCAUCAUUUGAAUACACCAUAUUUAUUUUAAUUAUGAUUAAUACUGUGACUCUUGCAAUGAAAUACCAUAAUCAACCACCGUGGUACACUGAGCUCUUAGAUGCUCUAAAUAUGAUUUUUACUGCUGUGUUUGCGCUAGAAUUCGUGUUUAAGUUGGCGGCUUUCCGUUUCAAAAAUUACUUUGGAGAUGCCUGGAAUGUUUUUGAUUUCAUAAUAGUAUUGGGUAGUUUUAUUGACAUUGUUUAUUCCGAAAUAAAGAAUAAGGAUACUUCAGCUCUGCCUUGUGACAUCGUGGAGGGAUGCAAAGCUAAAGCCAAGACGGGAUCAAAUUUGAUAUCGAUAAACUUUUUCCGUUUAUUCCGCGUUAUGCGCUUGGUUAAAUUAUUGAGCAAAGGUGAAGGAAUUCGGACACUACUGUGGACAUUUAUCAAAUCUUUUCAAGCUCUUCCUUAUGUAGCUUUGCUAAUAAUUAUGUUGUUUUUUAUUUAUGCGGUUAUUGGAAUGCAGGUUUUCGGAAAAAUCAAUCUGAGCGACGAGACCGCCAUACACCGGAAUAAUAACUUCCAAACAUUUCCACAGGCAGUACUAGUCCUUUUUCGUUCUGCAACGGGGGAAGGCUGGCAAGAAAUAAUGAUGUCUUGUUCGACAGACGAAGAUGUACGUUGCGAUCCGAAAUCCGAUAUGACCAAAGAUUGUGGGUCAAAUAUUGCGUUUCCUUACUUUAUAUCCUUCUACGUUCUUUGCUCGUUCCUUAUUAUCAAUUUGUUUGUUGCUGUUAUUAUGGAUAACUUUGAUUAUCUGACUCGCGAUUGGUCGAUUCUUGGACCGCAUCAUCUGGAUGAAUUCAUCCGCCUUUGGAGUGAAUACGAUCCAGAUGCUAAAGGGCGCAUAAAACAUUUAGACGUGGUUACGCUCCUACGGAAAAUAUCACCUCCGUUAGGAUUUGGUAAACUUUGUCCACAUCGAAUGGCUUGUAAAAGACUUGUUUCCAUGAAUAUGCCGCUAAACUCUGAUGGUACUGUUCUUUUCAAUGCAACCCUGUUUGCAGUUGUAAGAACAUCACUGAGCAUAAAAACUGAUGGAAAUAUUGACGAGGCUAAUGCAGAAUUGAGAGCAACAAUAAAACAAAUUUGGAAACGUACCAGCCCUAAACUCUUGGAUCAGGUGGUACCACCCCCAGGAAAUGAUGAUGAGGUUACUGUGGGAAAAUUCUAUGCUACAUAUUUGAUUCAGGAUUACUUCAGACGAUUUAAAAAACGAAAGGAACAAGAAGGUAAAGAAGGACAGUCUGAAAAUGCGACUUUAACACUACAAGCGGGAUUGCGAACAUUACAUGAAGUAUCACCAGCAUUGAAACGGGCGAUUUCCGGAAACUUAGACGAGCUAUCUGAGGAACCUGAGCCGAUGCAUAGGAGGCAUCAUACGCUGUUUGGUACAGUGUGGUCAUCGUUUCGACGACAUGGCAACAGCUUUAGGCAUGAUCGGAAAAAUCAAAAAUCGCAGUUAAAUGGAGAUAUUGGUGGUACCGAAUCAACGCCUACCCCUGCUGACUCGUUCAAUUUGAAUCCGAUGUACGACACCAUCCGCUGCAAUGUAUCUGAUAGCAUAAAUCAUAUUACAAAAAGUUUGAUGCAAGCGAGAUUUGGUUCCCAACCGACUGAAGGCGGUGGCAAUUCCACUGAAUACCAUGACUUUAAUGCACCUGGUGACAUUCGUACAUUUAGUGAGAGCAUAUCCUUGCGGCCACUUGUCAUGAAUAGCGGGAACGAUGGUAAUAACUUGCUAACUCUUACAUCAGGGUACAUGACAAAUCAAGAAAGUCUAUUUGCGACAACAGAAUCUUAUGACAGCUCUACCCCCGGGUUUUCAUUGCUCCCUUACAAUAAUGCAAAUGGUAUUCGUGGCCACGAUCGUGCGAUGCCAACAAAAAUAGGUAGCCCUUAUGAUCCCCAUCCUUCAGCAACUUUAUCUAAAAUCAACGGUCCUGCAGAAAGUCUCGUUGGCGGGGUACUAGUUGCAGAAGGUCUAGGAAAAUAUUGCGAUUCAGAAUUUGUUGGUCAAGCAACUCGAGAAAUGCAAGAGGCUUUAGAUAUGACGCUGGAGGAGAUGAAUUUGGCUGCUAAGAAAUUACUAGCAAACGAACAAAGUACUGGGCGGAAAUUAUUCGAUUAAUUGUUAAGUUAAACAAAAUUUAGCUAAGUACGAAUUACUAAAGUAUCCCCUAAACGAAAUUUAUGGGAAAAUAAAACAACCAACAAUGUAAGAUGCUUAAAUUCGCGAAAAUCGUACAGUUCAUCAUCAGAACGAAAACCUAUAAAAAUAAUACGUUUAUAUUAAAUGUCAAUUGUUUCUCACAGUAAAGCCAAAUAUAUACAUUAAUAUCUAAAUUUAUUUAUAUGUAUAGAUGUUAAAUUUUUUUGAGUUAAAGUUUAAAUAUUAAGUUUGAACGAUGCGAAUGUAUAAGUUAUCGAUAUAUAUAAGGGAUGAUAUUAUAAUUAUUAGAAUAACUAAGAUAAUAUCUUAUUUAUAUAUAAAAACAACAACAUGCUGUUAAAUAUCUUUGGUAAAAGUAAGAAAUCGGAAUAUAUCGAAAGACAAAUGGGAUCAUUUCGUCACAAGAACUGGUGAACAGGAAUUAAAAAUCAAAAUUUUAAUUAAGAAAAUCUUAUAAUAUUCAUAUACCCAUGUUAGUAAAAUGAUUUUAUUAUAAUUACACUAUGUAUUAUUUUGGUUUUCAUCGGUGAGCUUGAACCUAAGCUAUGAGCUAUAGAGGUCCGAUGUGAACAAUUUAUUCGAAGAUUGUAGAAAUGCCUUCGACAAUAAUGUAUGCCGAACAGAUUAAUAUAAUAUCUUAAAAGUAGAGGUGGACAAACAGACGCACAUUGCUAAAUCGACUCAGCUCGUCACGCUGAUCAUUUAUGUACAUACAUACGAGUACUUUUUAGCGCAAAAUUUUUAUUUGCAUUCUGCUUUCGCAUUACAAAUAAAUUAACAAACUUUUCCCAAUAUAAUUAUACCAUUUUAUAACAUACUCUCUGUCAAAGUAUCACCACAACGUGCCCAUUAUAUAUAUACUAAAUACAUAUAUACGUUGAUGUUGGCCAUCUGGUCUACAGAUUUAGGCAAAUUACAUACAUAUAUGUGCAGGUGUAUAUAAAUAUUAAAUAUUAUUGCUAUUCAAAUAAUUUAAUUUUUCAACAUUUGUAUGUAUACCUAUAUAUCAUAUAUGUUUGGUUUAAUUUUCUACUAUCUUUGGUACGUGCUAAAACACAAUAAUUUUUGCACGUGAAUAUUAAAAUACUGAUUUAUACCUGAAGAAAAUUAUACGAGUAUACUCAAAUUAAAGUGUCUAAAUUUAAUUUUUUUUUGAUUUUGAACAGCAAACACGAUGUUAAAAAUAUGUAGAAAGGAAACAUCACUAAAGGGCCUUAAAAAUUCGUUCGUCGUUUUACCUGUGAGAGCAUAAUAAAAUCUUAAAUAUAAUAUAUAAUAUCGAAGGUACUUUAAUGUUUUACUGCUUUGGGGGUCACUUUGCACAUUAAUGUUUGUAUACGAAUACAUAUUUACUAGUACAUACUAUUCAAACUCUCUGGCCUUAUAAAAUUUAGCUACAAUGUAUGUACUAUAUACAGACCUGUAUAUAUUAAUAGGUAUAUAUUUAAUACUAUAAAUAUAUCUCUAACUAACUUUGAGUCUUAUAUAGUUUUAAAAUAAGUAAACAUCAAAGGAUUGCCUAGUAUUGUUUCUUUACAUUGUUAUUGUCUUUAUAUAAACAUACAGUGAAUCAAUAAAGUUUACAUACGCCUAGUUCUAUUAAAUUA